AUGAUCAGAGGUCCGAACCCGACCUCUGCCUCUCGACUAACACUGUCUAGGCUUGGGCAACCUGGCAGUAUCCCAACCCUCGUGCAACCUUCGGAUGGCAUGGCAGUUAGGCACCAAAAGGGUGCGAUUGCUGAACGAUUUUUACCCUAUGGGAUUGUAGCGGUAGAUACGACAAUUACGUAUAUGCAGCUAAACUUCGAAAAUGUGAUUUCCGCGGAUUUAAUGGGUAAUGUCCCUAAUUUACGAAUCCAGUGCACCUGA